CCAAAACAUGUCGCUGAUGACUUGAACAUAUCACCAGAUACUCAAGAUACAGACGGCAGCUUCCACCUAUGGGAGAAUGACCCUUUGAAGAGAAACUUGGAAUCAUCAUCAGAGCCAUUGGAGGGGACAUCUGAGAGUCAUGUGGGUGAAAUUUUACAAGACCCUGUCAUGCUUCCAGUCCAGGGUAGAAAGUUAGAUCCACUUCCGAAAACGCAUAGACGUCUUAAGAAGGCUGUAAGGACAAAGAGAAUGAGGAAGAGCAGGAGGAAGGAGAAGGUGGAGACCCACCAUGCCCCCAUCCUUCCCACACCUUUUGUGCCACCACAAAGUGAAGAAGAUGAGGUGGUAGACACAAAGCCGGCUGUAUUCAGUGCUCAGGAAGAUGAUCCUGACCUUCCCAGUGAGGUAGGGAUGAGGCGUUACAGUCAGCAGGAUAAGGGCGCAUGUGCGAUGCAUCAGGAGAGUCAGAUACAGCCCUGUGAGCUCUCAGUGUCCCAGGAGCCGGGGCCGUCUUCUCCGGCAGUGACAUCCUUGGCAUCACCACCACGCUGCUUUGGUCGCUUCCUAAGCUGCGUCUGCCAGACCUUCUCGAGGUCUAGGAAGCAGAAGGCCCCCAGAAGAGAGGACACCAAGCAGGCUGGGGCAGGAGGUGAUGCUGAGGCUCUAAGACCUGCCCUGCUGAGGGGUCUGGGCAGAAAAGUGCAACCUCAUGAAAGCCUGUAG